AUGGAGGGGCGCUGUGAUGGCCACACAAUUAGCGGCAUUGCUUACCUCAUGUGCCGCGCUCUCGACAUGGAUGUUGUGGAACUGGCAGACCAGGGCAAAGCCGGAGCCGUCGACAAAAAAGGAGGACAGGCCUACGACAACUAUAGUCAUGGCUGCAGGGAAAUGAAGCCAACCGAUGUACCAUCUGUCCCAUUUGACGUUGUGUUCGAUGGAAAGGGUCGCGGACUCAAGGUCCUCUGGAGUGCGUUGGCAAAGGCCCUUGUUUCCUAUCUGACUUUCCUUGUGGCCCGCGCGGGUUUGGAAAGAUUUCCACUAUCGGACCAACGGCCGGGCGGUUUAAGAUUCCUCUUUAUUCCAUCAUUAUUGUCCAUCGCAUUAGCGGCUAAAUCAUCCUGGCCUAGCAAUCUUUUUAGCCUAUCGAAACGUUUGUUGGGAAACACCUACUGUCAAAUGUUACAAAUCCUUUCUAAAAUUGAGUCGAACCCUAGCUUGGUCUCGGUUCAUAUUGUCGUUGUCCGUUAUCGCUGUGGCGAGAUGGCUAAACAACACUCUCCACGCCAAAUCACGCGCAUUUUCUGA